AUGGUCUCUGUGAGCUGCCAGGACCUGCUGCCCUCCCUGACCAGCUCUUCCCUGCUCGAGAGCUUGGCCAGUGCCCUGCAGUGCAGGAUGCCACCGUCCCUUCUGCCAGGACACGGCGGUGACCGGACAUGUGGCCACCCAGAGGGUUCUGGGCAUGCCGAGCCUGUCCCGCUGUCCAGUGCCAAGGGGGAGCUCCCCAAAGCCCAGCUCACCGAGGCUCAGCUCAGGCUGCCUGAUUUCUACCUCUCCCAGAACUUCAUCCCCACGCUGGAGGAGAUCGAGGAGUUCCUCAGGGAGAAGGCAGAGCUCCCCAGGGAUGAAGCAGGAGAUCCUCACCCCGCGGGGUGGAAGGUGGAGAGCAAAGCUGAGCUCGGCUCUGGGGCACAGCUCAUCCCCAGAGCUCACCAAGGAGGAGGAGGAGGAGGAGGAGGACACGUCCCAAACGCUGUGGGGACAGCUGCUGGUGAGCAGGCAGUGGCUGCUGGCAGCAUUCCCGUGGUCCUGCAGCUCCAGCCUCUCCCGAUGGACAGCGUCACCCCCCCGGCACAGCCUGGGGGUGUCAGGGUGACCCAGCUGCUGAUCAGCCUGCAGGGCCCAAACCUCCCUCAGCUCCAGCCCCCUGGCACCAUCCUGGACCAAAAAUACGUCAGAAUUGCCCCGCUGCCGGUGGCCACGGGGCCGGGGGACGCGCAGGAGGCAGAGGCAGCCCCCAGGUGCCAGCAGGGUCCCCCUGCCCUGCUCCGCAGCCACCGCUGCUCCCACCCGGGCUGUGGCAAGGUUUAUUCCAAGAGUUCUCACCUGAAGGCUCAUUUCCGCCGGCACACGGGGGAGAAACCCUACACCUGUGCCUGGCCCAACUGCGGCUGGAGGUUCUCCCGCUCGGAUGAGCUGUCCCGCCACAAGCGCUCCCACUCCGGGGUCAAGCCCUACCAGUGCACAGCCUGUGAGAAGAAGUUUGCUCGCAGUGACCACUUGGCCAAGCACCUGAAGAUCCACCGGGGCCAGCCCUGCAGCCCACGGACACUUCCAGGGGGCAGCAGGAGUUAA